CUCGUCGAACAACAGACAGCUUCAAGAUUUGAAGGUGAACGGUCGGCGUUAGUGAGCGAUCUCGUGAGAAAUUCGACAAGCUAAGUCUUGGAGAUUUACACUCCAGUGUUAUACCGUUGUAUUUGGUGAAACCAAGUAAUAAAAAGCCAAGAUGUCGCUGAUUCCCAUGCUGUUCUCUGACUGGUGGGAGGACUUGGAACAUCCUCAUCGUCUCCUGGACCAGCACUUCGGACGAGAGAUCAGCCCUCGGCAGUUCAUAACACCACGUGAGCUGGCAUUAUAUUUGCACCCUAGGGACAGACUUCCUGCAACCUACCACAGGCCCUGGGCAGAACUUCUGCGUGAAGGCGAAGGAGGUGCGUCCACUGUCCAGGCAGAUAAGGACAAGUUCCACGUUGCUCUCGACGUGCAGCAGUUCAAACCUGAGGAGAUCAACGUUAAAGUAGUUGACAAGUGCGUCAUCAUUGAGGGCAAGCACGAGGAGAAGAAGGAUGAACAUGGUUGGAUCUCCAGGCAGUUCGUCAGACGAUACCUGGUCCCUGAGCAGUGCGACAUCGAACAGGUCUCCUCGAAGCUCUCCUCCGAUGGUAUCCUCACCAUCACUGCCCCAAGGAAGGAUCUACCUAAGGUGGAAAACGAGAAGCAGAUCAAGAUCGAGCACACUGGGAAACCUGCGAUCAGACAGCCACCGCCACCACAACAGCAGCAGGAGGCUGUGAAGGACAAGGAGGCAAAAGAGAAGAAGUAAAUGUUACUUCGCGUUGAUCGUGAUUUGCACUUUUCAUUCCAUGUUUAAAUAACGUUUCAUUUCUUUGUAUUAAAUCACCAAAAAUAUUAAGACUAGUUCCAUGUAUAACUGCCUCGAUACAAAUAUUGUAUAAGAUAAAUGUUGCAUAUAACUAUCGAUUAGGUUAUUUGUAUUAACUAAGAAAUUUAGUUACUAAUUUCGUGUGAGUCUUUUUUUUACAUAACCUAAUAAAUGGUUAAUGCCAGAAAA